GUUAUCCAUUUUUCCUGCAGCUCAUUACAAUCAACCAGAAAUCCUCUCAUUUUGCUGCUGCCAUCUACUUGUCUAGUUUGAUUCAGAGGAAGUCAUGGAUAGGAUCGAUCAUUUCAGCCAUCCACAUCCUUUGGUGCUUGUGGAACAAGAGCCGGAUGAUCAUGGAAGUCGAAAAGGUUUUUGUUCUGGGUGCAACCAAGCAGUAAAGGAUUAUUGUUAUCAGUGCCGGAAAGUAGCAGAGGGUUUUUGUUCUGGAUGCGAGGAAGAAUUAGAGGGUUCCAGCUACGGUUGUGGUGAGUGUGGGUUUUUCCUUCAUAAGAAAUGUGCUGAGCUACAAACGGAGAUCAUUAAUCACCCCCUCCACCCCCAACACCCUCUCACUCUUGAUUUGCAAGGUUAUGCUCUUGAUAGAUGUAAUGUUUGCAGGGAAUGUAUUCGAUGUUUUUAUCAAUGCAAUUCUUGUUAUUUUAACCUUGACCUUAGAUGUGCUAUGCAUCCUCAAUUUGUUGCUCAAGAGUUUCAAAAGCUUCAACAUUUUAGCCACGAUCAUCCUUUGAUACUUGUUGAAGAUAUUGAAAUUCAAACCACAAGAGAGGUCUGCUCAGGAUGUAGGGAACCCAUGUCCAAGUCAAGUCCAUUCUACUGUUGUCCAAAUUGCAUAUUUCACCUUCACAAGAAAUGUGCAGAGUUGCCUCUUAAGGUCAGUCACCCUGCCCACCGGAAACACCCUCUAAUGCUUUUGGCCAAACCCCCACCUCAUCAAGAGAAAUGUUCUUGCAAUUUGUGCGGUGAGUCUUAUAAGGAAGGAUUUGUUUAUUAUUGUUCAAUUUGUGAGUUUGGCUUCAAAGCCGCGGAUCCUAUUUCGCAAACAAUUAUAGCUGAAACUCAUGAACAUCCGUUGACCCUCUGUUCGGGCACAAUUUCAUUCGUUUGUGAGGCAUGUGGAAAUGAUGGAAGUCGUGUUUGCUUUACAUGUGCUAAAUGCAGCCUUAUUAUUCAUAUAGAUUGCACUUCACUUCGCCGCACCAUCAAAAUAAUAAGGCAUCCACAUCGACUUUCUCACAUCUAUUUCUCUCAAGAUGAGGAAGCUAGAAAACGUGAAUGCAAUAUCUGUCAUGAUGACAUAAAUCUGGGAUAUGGGAGCUACUUCUGUGCAGAUUGCAACUAUUUUGCUCAUGUAAAUUGUGCAAUAGAUAAACGUCUUUUGGAAGAUGAAAAGUCCGAACCAUCAGAUGACUGGACUGCUAUCUUUCCUGCUUUUCAGGAAAUCAAACCUGGAGAGAUAAAGCAUUUCAGCCAUAAACACAACUUAAUAUUGAGUGAUGAUGGGGUUGAGGAUGGCCAAAGUUGUGAAGGUUGCAUGCGUUCCACCUCUACUUCAUUUUACUAUUGUGCACAAUGUAAUUUCUUCCUCUGUAAGUGCUGUGUUCAUGAGUUACCCAAGAAGGUGCGUCACUGGACUUGCAGGCAUUUGAGAGAACUUUAUUUCUAUUCCAUUUUUUUUUGUGGCCAUUGCCGGUUUUGGAGUAGUGGGUUUGGCUACAAUUGUAAUGCAUGCGAGGAGAUUAUGUGCAUCCGAUGUCAUGAAAUUCUCGACACUCGUAUUGCAAAUAUAGAAGGACAGGAGCACUUCCUUUUCUUUGACCACAAAUACGAAGGGAAAUGUUAUGGUUGUGAUAAUUAUUGUAAUCGACGCGGUUUUAGAAGCAAGGACAAGAAAUGCAAUUUUGCAUUGGAUUAUAGAUGCCUUGUGCUACCAAAAACAGCUCGAGAUCCGAAGCAGUGGUUUUAUCAUUGUGCCGAUUGCGAUGUUUCUGCUCAUCCUAAUUGUUUGCUUUGGGGAUCCCCAUUUGUCAAGCUCAUGAAACCACUCCGGGUUGAAGUUCACGAACACCCUGUCACUUUGGUGAAGAUAGAUUUUUAUCCUUCUAAAUGCAACAAGUGUGGUAAGCCUUGUAGAGAUGAUCUAGCCAUUCAAUGCACAGAGCCAGAUUGCACCUACAUAUUCCAUUGGGAUUGCUACUUGAUAGGUAGACAAAAAUGAGAUAUCUUAUUUGCACUUCCUUUUGUUUUCGACUGAUUUUUAAGUUUAGUUUGAUCUUCUAGCUAUUAGGUGAUGUGAUGCGGACUAUUUAUAACUUUUUUGUUUCUACCAAAUAUGUGAUAUGACUAUUGUUUGAAAUUUGGAUGUAUUGCUUUAAAUGGUUGCUUUUUUUUUUUUUUUUUUAUCAAUAAUUCGGUUAUCUCUGU